AUGUGGCGAGAAACUCUGCAUGGAUACCUGCUUGAUCCUGCAUUUGAAAUACCUACCCCUCGACAUUCAAACGAUUCAUCAAGGUUGGCAUAUUGCAUCAUAUCAGAAUUACUGGCCACAGAAGAAACUUACCUUGGUCAUUUAUCAACUUUCAAACAGACGAUUAUAGAUCCAUUUUUACAAGCAUUUCAACACCGAUAUAUGAUCCGGGAUUUACAAACGAUCUUUGGUCAUAUUCCACAAUUAAUCCUGUUAUCUUCUACUUUGGUACGACGAUGGUGUGUUUCUCUUGAACAACAAACAUAUUAUACAAAUGGCAAAGUGAUGGUUAAGGAUAGUCGACAUGAUAUUGGGAAAACAUUUUGUGAUUUAGAAGAUGAAUUCAAAGUAUAUACAUAUUAUGCUGUUCAUUUUGCCAAGGCACAAAAAUGUAUUACAAGAAUGGAACAGAAACCAAGUUAUCAACAAUGGAUGCAAGCGGUGCUACAAAAGAAAGAAAAUCGACGAAUGGGACUAUCGGAUUAUUUGAUUGCACCUAUUCAACGAAUUACAAGAUAUUGUUUAUUGGUGAAAGAUCUAAUGAAACACAGAGAUGGUCAUGAUUUGGAAUUAGAAAGAGCUUUCAAAUAUCUUAAAGCUUUAGCCUUAGCAAUGAACAAUUGUCAACAAAUAUAG